ACACACACACAGUCUGUCUCUCUCUCUCUCUCUGAGAGGCUUGUCUCGGCACAGGGUCAAAUCUCUUCAGUUUCAGUUCAGAUCAGAUCAGAUCAUGUGUUUGGAUAUUCCACAUGUGCUCUUCAGCAGACACUGUACUGUACAGCACACAUCAACAUGAAGGCUAUAAGUCACACUUAAUGGAAUUAGGAAUCUGAAGCAUACACUAAAAUGGAUUCCUGGACAUUUUCGUUCUCACCCAGCAACCUCCCCAGCAAUCUGUCUGUACUCCCCAUGUACGACGACAUCCUGCUCGGCAACAUAUCUGAGGAAGGCCAGGGAAACAAGACGGGCAUGAGCUUGCCCUGCACGGCCGUCAUCACCUUCAUGUACUUUGUGGUGUGCGCGAUCGGCCUGUGUGGAAAUGCUCUGGUCAUCUACGUCAUCCUGCGUUACGCCAAGAUGAAGACGGUCACCAAUAUCUACAUCCUGAACCUGGCGGUGGCGGACGUGCUCUUCAUGCUCGGCUUGCCCUUCAUCGCCAUCCAGUUAGCGCUGGUGCACUGGCCGUUCGGCGCGGCUUUGUGUCGCGUGGUCAUGACCGUGGAUUCUCUGAACCAGUUUACCAGUAUUUUCUGUCUGAUGGUGAUGAGCAUUGACCGCUACCUCGCUGUGGUGCAUCCCAUCAAGUCCACCAAAUGGAGGAAGCCCCAUGUGGCCAAGACCAUUAAUCUGGUGGUGUGGGUGGUGUCUCUUAUCGUCAACCUCCCGAUCGUGAUCUACAGCGGACUGAUCACCAAACCCGACGGAUGCUUCUGCACCAUCGUGUGGCCAGAGCCGCAGGAGACCUACUACACUGCCUUCAUGUUCUACACCUUUUUCCUGGGCUUCUUCCUGCCCCUGAUGGUCAUAUGUCUCUGCUAUCUGUGCAUUAUCAUCAAGGUCAAGUCCUCGGCAGUCAGGGUGAACUCUGGCAAACGUAGGCAGUCUGAGAAGAGGGUGACGCGGAUGGUGUCCAUCGUGGUCGCCGUCUUUGUCUUCUGCUGGCUGCCCUUCUACAUCUUCAACGUGACGUCGGUCACCGGCACCAUCAGCACCACGGCUUUCUUAAGAAGCAUGUUUGCCUUCGUGGUGGUGCUGGGAUACGCCAAUAGCUGCGCGAACCCAAUACUGUACGCUUUCUUGUCAGAGAACUUCAAGAAGAGUUUCCAGAACGUCCUGUGCUUGAGAAGAGCGAGCGCUUUGGAUGAGGCUGAGCACACCGACAGCAAACAGGACAAGCCUCGAAUCUUGAAGGAGCCAACAGAAACUCACGACACACUGCUCAACGGAGACCUGCAAACCAGCAUGUGAAAAAAACAAAGGUCACUGCUCGGCAAACUGUGGAUUUGAAAUCCAUAGUAACUGACUGUGAAACCAUCAAAUAUGGUUUUGUUAAAAGCCUACUGGCUUAGUUUCCCAAAGUUACAAACUAAUAGAUUUUUUGUCAUCUUGCCAUAUUUUGGCAAUGACCUCAUAUUUUACUCACCCUGAAACCUAGAUGUAUAUGACAUUCUUCUUUCAGAUAAACACAGUUUUUUUUUUAUUUAUCCUGGCUCUUCCAAGCUUGGUAUUGCUGGUGGAUAGCGGCCAUGAUUUUGAAGCUUCAUAAAUCAAAUAUAUCCUCAAGUACGACGACGUAAAACUAACCUAUACGCCUUCAGGGGGUCAUCACACGUCCUCUGAAGCAGAUCCAUGAGUUAAAUAACUGACUCAUGAUGCAGUUUGAAAAGUUUGAAAUCCAGAAAUAUUUUUGUGACAGAAAACCUUCGAUCUGCUUCAGAGGACGUGUGAUAACCCCCACGGGAGGCAUAUAGUUUAGUUUUACAUUACAGCACUUGUGGAUAUAUCUGAGCUGCUGAGCUUCAAAAUAAUGGCUGCUAUCCACCAGAAUUACCAAGCUUGGAGGAGCCAGGAUACAUUUUUUAAAAGUUCUGUGUUCAUAUACACCUAGGAUGUCUUCAGAGUGUAUAAAAUACGGUGUAAUGUUUUCGGCUGAACUAUUCCUCUAACUAGUUGCUUAUUAGCAUGCCUGUUAUUAACAUAUUAGUACUUAUAAAACACAUAUUCUGCAUGACUGUAUUACUCUGACUACCAACUAUUAAUGAGAAGCAAAUUAAGAGUUUAUUGAGGCAAAAGUCAUAGCUAAUGUUUUGUUAAUAGCAAGAAUUGGAAUAGUUUACCAGUUUUUUCUACUAACUAUUAACUAUGACUCCUAGUUUUCUGCUUCUUAAUAGUUAGUAAGUAAGAUGUUAAGUUUAGAUAUGGGGUGGAUGAAGAGAUCUAGUAUAUUGUCAAGCAGAAUAUGGCAUGCUUUAUUCGUACUAAUAAGCAGCUAAUAAGCAUAGUUACAUACAAUAGUUAACAGUGAGAAUUGUUCCCUGAACUAAAGUGUUACCAUGCAUUGUAUAAAAAUGUUAUAUUUUAUCUAGUAUAUUUAUAGAGUUCUGAUUGUAAACUAAAGGACUAUGGUAUUCACCUGUGGCAUUGUGUUCAAAGAAAAUACUAAUUUUCUAAUUUAUUUUUUUAUUUUUACUCACAGACAAUAGCAAACACCUCCACUACCGUAAUUUCACUACACUACACAAAUACGCUUUCUAAUUGUUUACGGCGUGGCCAGACAUGCUGAACUGGAAUACGCAUCUCUCUGUUAAUAUUAUUUUCAAGAAUCUAACUAAUCUGAAGAGAGUUUACCCAGAAAUGCAAUAUGGCUGUAGUCUUGUUAGCGGCAAUUCAAGCCAAAAAUAGUGGGUCUCUCUGAUAAUUUCUAAUAACUGUUCAAAGAUUCUGGCCUCUAUCCCUUUGAAUCAACGUAAUGUUCAGGUCAGACAGUAAUCUAGAGAGAUUUUCCUCGUCUCAUUUGAAAAGGGCUAAAGCAUUGUCCUUAUGUUGCUUCUGAGAUCAGGCAGGGACACGUGUAUCAUGAUCUUGGAUCAUCUCUCGCACAUAUCUUGCCUUCUGAAUACAAGGCUUGUACCAAUGAUAUUGGUUACAGUCAUUGCAAUUGUGAAAGGCUUCAUUUAUGUCAACACGUUAACCUCUUUGUCCAGAAUCUUUCUGACUUUAUUUGUCUUUUUAAUGGCGAGCAUUCAUCUGCCAGCGAUAAGGUGAUUUUAUUCAAGACUUCGUGCAACAAAAGAGUUACAAAAACAGUCUCCAUGCCUGUUAGAAAGCAAACCUGGUCACGUUUUCGGUUAUCUUUUCUUUUCGGCAAGUUCUGGUCUUCUUUUUAUUUAUGUUAUUAGUAUCUGUUGCCGAAUAAGCCAUAAUUCUGCGAUCUUAUAUUUGACUUUUAAUAUUUAUAAACAGCUUUCAUUAGUUGGAGAGUUCUAUCUUUUGAGUGGAAUACCUUUGGUGACUCUAAAUAAAUCUCUGCACUAAAUCCUC